CGUUAGUUGGGCCGAGGUCGUGGCCCAACCAGCGAAUCGCGACUGUAUUUCAUCCACUACUCACAUGAAUCUUCAUUUUAAAACAGAUAACCCGUAAACUUUUUGAAUCCGAUUCAAAAUUCCGCAUUGAUACUCUUCUGCCUGUCCUUGACCGUGGAGGUAUUCCCGAUAAAAAUGCUCUUCAUCGUUUGACCAGGAUCGCUUGCCAGUUUUUGGAACAAAACAUUCGAGAGGGACACACGUGAGUAGGACCACUAUUUAUUCAAUUCCCUUUAUCGAAUGUAUACUUCUUGUUUUGCGAAACCCGGAUCAACAAACGCUAAGGUGCGGGCAGCUAUAGCCACCUUUUGGCUACCGAGAGGAGCUGGAUCGAAAAUACGGGUUUGCUUUCCCGAGGGCACAAUCGAGAAAGGAAACAUUUCACAAACAAUUUGUCAACUUCUUCCUGAUCGGUGAGAAACAGCAGUAUGUUGGGCAAAUGCAUGCCUAUACCAAAUAAGUCCGUCCCAGUAUCUUCGUUAUUUCAACAUUCCUCUCAAAAAUACUGAAGCACCGAUGAGGAAACUCAGCAAUUUCUUAUUUUUGUUUACAUUGAAGUAUACACGGAAAGAAAUACUUAUCAUUGUCUAAAAAGUUGCAGUGUAAUUAAAAACUAUGAUUUUUUAGAUAUCCAACUACUCAAGAGCAAAUGGAUGUUGCAAAAACGAUUAUUGCAGUGUUUCCACAACUUGAACAAACACGUAUCACACCUGAUGCACCUGACGAAUCUCUUUUUUUUUGGAGGAAUGGAGGCAAGGAGAAGGGACCAAAUACUGGACUCGUGUACUAUCGGAUUCGCAAUGUGAUCAAAGACUUACCCCCUGAACAUCGUAAGUUCAAACGAUCAAAGGCUGGAAAUGAAGUCGGACACUCCAUUUCAUCGGAAACCGUCGAAUGUGCUAAAAUGCUUGCAGCUAUCGAGUCAAUAAAAGGAAAUGCUAAGCAAAUUUGUGAAGGAAUGGCGACGUGUUUCGAGUUGCAUAAGCUUAUGCUGAUCGAGAAAAAAAACGCUCUAGACAUUCUUAACGUUUUUCCGCACUUCAUGUCUUAUGAUGGGCUUUUGAUUCAUCAGGCCUUCUCAAGACUUCACUCCAAAUAUAGUGAUGGGAUGAAUAUGAGAGCAGUGCUGGCCAAAUGUUUAAUGUAUUCAAGCACUAAAUUCUGUCAGGUUGAGGAUGAUCACAUUCGAGGAUGUCUGCGACUGAUGGCAAAAUUUCCUACACGUGGAAUUCGACGAAAGGCAGAUGGUACAAUCACUAUAACAGAGGAAGAGCUUGCGCACCCUAUCUUCCGCUGGAUGUCACAAGACGAAUAUGACACGCUGGAGGAAAAUUCCAGUCUCCUUAUUAUAUGCCUUGCAGAACCUCUAAAGAAGGGAAAAUGUAUCGUGACCUUUGGACGGCACAAAAUCGCGGAGGUGGAGCAUGCAGUUCAGGCUAUGGAAAUAUUUUUCAAAUGUUUUUCCAUUUUCGGAUUAACGGUCCCACAGCAGUUGAGAAUGUUAUAUGAUUUCGUGGCCUGCGUCGUUUAUGAAAUAAUACCGCACAGUCAGAAAUCAUCUGUAAACCGCGUGGUACAGUCAUUCAAGGAGGUAGCCGAAGCCGAAGAAUUUGACGACUAAUCGUUUGAUAUGAGUUUGAUCGGUUGUAAUAAGCUUCACUUUUUUAAAUAAAAUUUGAAAUAAAUCGAAUAUUUGCAGGUUCAUUAGUGGAAAUGUUUUUACUUGUACUUAUACUAGUUCAGUGGUUCAGUUAAGUCACUGAAGAAGGUCUAAUUGUUGAGGUACACUAGGGAGAAGCAAAGAUGUUGGUAAAUGUGGUUUACUACUGAGAAAUUGAACAAAAUUUCUAAAAUAUCUAGUAAACGGUUUUGGGAAUGUUCAUUCUAGUUAUUGCCUGGGAGGUUUUUUAGAUAAAAAAACGCCAAAGCCGCCUUUCCCCUGUUUUAUCACAGAUUUCAUUGAUACCAUUCCAAACCAGAAAGUAUGCAAUAUUGAGUAAAAUGUAAUCAUUUACAUUUCAUUAUUCAUUAGUAAAACUGAGUAGAUUUGAAUCAUUUUUUGACAGGAGAUAGUGUUUACUCAAAAUUGAGUGAAGUUCAGUUUACUCAUUUUUUGAGUUGUUCCACUUUUUCUGAAAAUGAGUGGUUUUUCACUCAAUUUUGAGUGGUUGCUUCAUUUUUGAUGAGAUGGAAAUAGGAGCUAUGGGAUGAAGUGCCGAACCGUUCCCCUACUUGUUACUGUACGAAGAACGGUGAAUGAUUAUGCGGGACGGCCGUUCGCCAUAACUGACAUGUGAUACCGAAGAUUCUUUGAUAUAAUAAUCAUACAGCACAACGCAAACUAGUGACCGAAUGAAUGACUAUUUUGACAGAACUGAAAGAAGAUAACUUGCGCAUUUUAAUUUCCGCUUUGUCCUUUAAUCAAAUCUUGAAAAAACUUAAGCCUUGCGCCAAGAUUAAUGAUUAAAGGAAAAGCUGAAAGUCGAAGAACUGCACUAGCAAUAAACGAAGGUAAAUUACAGAAAAAGCGAAUAAAAGCUUUGCUAUCAAGGUUUUCAACAAAUGGUAGGUUCAAAAAAUCAAUUGAAAUAAACAAAGAACUGCUUGCGUUUCGAAUAAGGGUAAAUUAUAGUAAGUGAAAACGAUAAAGUGAUGAAAUGAAUAGGGAAAAUGGAAUUUGUAGGUUUGUUGUUGCUUAUUGGUAUUAAUUACAAUCAGCGCCGUAGCGUGUGGUUGGCCGGGUUGGCCCGCCGACAUCAAGAAUUUCGCUACGGGGAAAUGAUCACAAACUUUACUCAAAAUAACUAGUUCAAAAUGAUUCAGAUUUAAGCUUUGAUCAUCAGAUUUCCUCGGUAAUCAACAAUUCCUUAAUAAACCGUUUGACUUCAGAAAGCCUUUAUCCAGAACGUCGGCUCAGAGGGCAGAUUUCCCUUAAGCUGGCAAGUUGCAUGAAACAGGUGUC